AUGCCACGCAGUUGGAUCAACGUGAAAGCGCUGACUAAGAAGUUAGCACCCACUCCUUCAAAUCGUUUCCAAGCACUCGCCAACUGCAACGAUCCAUGGCAGAAUGGUGGCCGCAAGUUCUGCGAAACCUGCCGCACUACUGGCCACACAGAAGAGGCACACGCCGCCAUACCUGACCCCGACGCAAAAACGAGCAUUCAAACCCUUCCAGCAGAGCUACGGCUUGACAUUCUGUCCAUGCUUUCUCCGACUGAAAUCCAGCGCUUCCGUGGCGUAUCCAAGGACAGCCAAGAGCUCGUCGAUGCACCGGACAACAAAACCGCUCUCUUUCCAACUCGAGAGAAGUUUGAGCAGCAAUAUCUUGCGGACAGUAGCUACUUCCUUGGCUCCCCUGAAGAACCCAGUCUGCUUCGUUUCCUCUUCACCUUUUUGUCUCGAAGAGGCCUCUGGAACGACUGUCAGCACACAAGCCUAUUGAUCCGAACAGCGGUCAUUCAGUGGACCGCUAAUCAUUGCUCCCGCAAGGCUAAGAAAUUGCUAGGCGAUGGCCGCCAAAUCUGGCCUAUGCCAAUCUACCGCUAUUUGACAAAGAUCGGAGAGUGUCUAGUUCAGGCGUACAUUGACGAACAUUACCCCGGCCUCUCAGCUCCCAAGCGCAGCGGCUGGACACGGAAGAUGCGUGACGUCUACAAUCACCACGCCUUCAUCGCACAUAUCGACACGCCCGAAGAUUUCGCCAGUCUGCAAUACCUGACCUCGGUGUUCGGCUUACCACUAAGCCGCGAGCAACUAUUCCAGUGGUACAUGGACAUUAAAGCGCGCAAGGAACCCGCACUCCCGGCUUGGCCUCCAUCCGUCAGAGACAAAAGCGACAGCAAUGGUCUUCUACGAAUUCCAUUUUCCGGCGAUCCAUGCCUUGAGAAGCCCGAGUUCCCCAUUACCUCUCUUAUGUAUUGGAACCAGAACCCUGAAAGUCAAUCUCCCGGCCGCGAUGAAUGGCUCAAGAGUGUUGGUGGUCGCUGCAGCACGUGGAAGUUGUCUCAUAUCCUAGGAGAGAACUUCCCCAAGCUGUUUCGUGGUGUGGGAAUUUGUGUAAGGACGAAAUGGGCUUACGAUCUGAUUAAGAAGGCAAAGCACAACAAGAAGAUUCCUCUGACAGACUGGCAGAGAGCUGCUAUACUCGAGCAGCUGUACUUGUGGUAA